CACUUUCAAUAGCCAGCAGCUCGACUCCACAGCUGCACGUACUCGAUCCCCUCAGACCGGCAGCAAUAUCUAUAGGCGGGCAAGAGUCUGGUGCUGUAGAUGUCCCUACUCUAGAUCAUCAGGUCUCUUCAAGAUCUGACCUCCUCAGAAUCCACAAUCCCAAGCACCCCCUCCUCUCUACACGCCCUCUGCUCGCCUAGGGACGAAGUGGCCGUCUUAUCGCUCAGUCGUUAAGCACCGGUCGUACAUUUCCGGUCCCCUUUUUUCUCUUGUUCCACGGACACCGUAAUCAUGUCAACGCCUUCCAAUGAGCCUUUUUUUCCCAAAGACCGCAAACGUUCAGCCCAUUGGAGUGACUCGGAUACCGAUAUCCUUGUUGACGUCUUGUUGCGUGAACGGGAUACUGGCCGCACGGUAGAUAACGGUUUUAAGCCUGAGGUAUGGAAAGAGGCCGCUCGGUUGCUCGAAAAUUCAAACUUUGUGGGUGGGCCAAAAACCCCAGAGGCUUGUAGGAGCAGAUGGCAGAGGCUGCAAAGGGAUUAUCGUCUGGUCAAGGAAAUGGAGGUUCUACCUGGAUUUUCGUGGGAUCACAACACUCAUAGACUGUCCGCUUCUCCAGAGGCGUGGAUGAAUGCCGAAAAGGAAAUGGACGCAUACAAAUACCGCAAAAUUCAUCUCCCACAUUACGACUCACUCGCCAUCCUCUGCGCCAAUGAUUCCUGCCGCAGGGCUCCGCGAAACACCAAAACUCGUCACACUUCCAUUUCUUCCUCGUCCAGCUUGAUGAAUCUAAGCACUCCCAAUCCCAAUACCUCAACUCCUGCCCAAAUGGCCCAAGUUCCGCAACCGAUAACUAUGGCCCAAGUAGGUCACUUGAGCAGGCAACAUUCGCAUAGCAGCUUGCCAACUAAUGGACAAAUGACACCAAUGUCGAGCAGUCAACAUCAUCCCCAUGGACACCCAGGAAUGCACGAUCCGGUGAACGGAAAUGGGCUUGUACAACUUGGAGCUACUUCAAUGCAGACUGAUCAUAAUGUAUUUAGUUGGGAAAGCGGAGAACAGGGAGGCGGCGAGGGGGAUUUUGAUGGAUCAUUUGGAUUGUCCAACGGAUCACAAGCUUUCCUUCCACAGAAGCGUACCAUGCCGUUUGAUCCUUCACUCUUAAACGGCUCCUCUCAGCAACAUCACAUGAUACCACAGGGUAGCCCUCCCAAAAAGCCGCGUACCUCGUCCCGCCCAAUGAUCACCCAUCAGCUAAGCGGCAUGCAUCAAAAUGGACCAUUCGGUUAUUCCAUGCAGAAUACGGGUAACCCUGCUCAUCUGGAUACGGGAAAUCCGGGCCGUGGACCCAACGCUGGAUCAGGAAAUCAAGGCGACCAACAAUCUCCCGAAUUUUCCACAUCUACACCAGCCAUGCUCGACCAUACUCUUCUCCAAACACCACCGGGAUUACGUAUCAAACCCUAUACCCCUCCCACCCCCGGGUCCGCUCCCAACUUGACGUUACAAGCGCCCGAAAUGGCUGUGGCAGGCCUGACUGAAGCACAAAGAAGGACUGAAGCUUUGUUGCAACUUCAACUGCAAGAGUCGGAAAUGCGCGAUGAGGAUAUGGUAGAGGUGAUGGCAGAGUUUGAAAUGAAUGUAGCGGCGGCUGAUACGUAUCUCGCUAUCAAGCGAGAACCGUUGAGGAAGAUGUGGUUGGCGAAUUUGGUCAAGCGGAGGAAUCUUUGACACUUAUGAGGCCAUUCGGUGUUGGUGGAAACUCAGGCGAAUUGGCUAUGACUGCGCAUCAUAGUAUCAAUUCCUGUCGAUUGUGGAAAAAAAAGGCAAGUCGAGCCUGAUUAUAUUUCGUUCAUUUUUUUCUGGACUUAUCCUUUCGUUUCCUUUCAUUCUUUUGGUCUCUAAUGCUCUUAACGCAUCAAUAAAAGAUAUGUUUUUUGUAUCCGCGAUACGCCUGGAAAUAUGAGUCGCGAUGACUAUACACGAUAGUUUUAUGGUAUGUAGUCACUCUACAAUGAAUAGUCCUUGUAAAAGGUUCAAUAGCAAAUAUGCAUGGUAUAUAAAU